CCUCUCACGCUUUUGGCGAAAAACAACAUUUCAUAGCUAGAUAGUACUGUAUAUAAAAUGAUAAAUGUACGCCUUGGACGCGAAAUAUACACGUCACCCAUUCCCUUCCACAGCCGCUGCUAUAGCAACCGCGGCCUUCCAUCCUGGCAACCUCGCGCGCCUCGAAGUGACGUGAGCAGCGGGCGUUAGUGACGUAACCUCUGGGGAAGAAAGGGCUCUCGGGCAGGUGAGUGACAGGUUCCCGGCGGGCCCCCAGCUUGACGCUCCGGGGCCGAGACCCCUGUGAAGCGGACCCUUCCGCUUCUCCCCCCCGGGAAGUCCCUCGGCGCUUCCCGGUUGCGAGCGCUGCCCGCUCCCCGCUCUGCUGCUGCUGCCCUUUCGGCCGGACCGCCUUCCCCUCGGCGCCUCUCCGCCCUUGCCUUCGCUUUCCUGCCCGCCGAAAUGUCGGAACUUUCCGCCCCUCUUUCGGGCAGCGUUUCCUCUGCCCCGGCACCUUUUCUUUUCGUUUGCACGCUGCUUUUUGGCCCCGCUUCCUCCUCGCCCUGCCUCCUUUCUGUCACCUCGCGCGGCCCUGAAGCUGCUUCCCUUUGCACUGGCGAGGCUCCACGUCCCUCCCCCCAAGCACCCCCCCCCCCACCUAGUGGGCUGUUUGUUUUGUUUUUAACUUUGGGAAGCAAAGCUCAUGGAGAAGCCUAAGAGGGAGAACGGAAUGGAGAAGGAAACCUUGGGGGGGGGGGGCAUCGGGCAGGGGCAAUGCCCAUAGAAGUUAAUACCCGGGAGACGGAUCUUGCUGAAACUUGGGACCGGAGGUGAUGGGGAAGAUCAGAGCAAGGCUAAAAGACAGGAGUUGAGGACAGGCUCCUUGAAGGCUUCGUAGAAGGGAGAAGCAGGAACCCAGCAAAAGGCAGGUUGAGGCACUUGGGCAAAACAUAAAAGCUCUAGCUAGCAUACACUUCCUUGGGGGCCAAGGAGGACAUGGAAAUCACCUGUGCUUAUCGUGCAAAUAGGAGGACUACAUGGAGUGCUUAUGUCAUGCCAAGUUGUUGGUUCCUUGCUCCCUCCCUUAUCAGUGGAAACUUAAUGUGCCCCAGUUAUUUGUUUACUGUGGCUACUUCCCCAGCAGGCCAUUAAAGUCAAUGGCAGGAGGCUAAUUCUUGCCUGUCACAUGUAUUUUUUCCAUCAUUGGAUAAGGGGGUGGUCUGGGUCAAUCUUAAAAAUCCUAAUGAGAUAGAGGGGAGUAUAUCUCUGCCACUCCCCACCUCCCACCCCUUUUAACGUCAACUGGACAAGAGGAAAUUAAAUAUAUUUUUCUGGCAUGGAGAUAAGUAGUGGGAAUUGCUUCACUUGCUUAGUUUCUGUGCAUUGGGUUGCUAUUAUAAGGUCAGUAACAAAACUGAGACUGAGGAAAGCAUACUCAGUCAUAGCUGUCUCUUUUCCCCAAGUAAUCUGCUUUCUUCACCGUAUUGACAUUAUAAGAUGUUAUAGAUCAAAAGUACUGCCUUGAAUUGGGCUGAAAAUCUAUUGAAAACCAGUACAACCAGCACAGAGCAAUGUAAUGUACUUCUGUGAACUAAUCUUCCCCAGGCGCUUCCAUGAAGACAUAGUUUUGCGUCACAAACUGGUUCUGCAAAUGGAAACUUCUCUUAACCUGGAGGCAGUUUUAUUUUUUAAUAUUGGACAGGGAGGCUAGCAGGCAAGAGGAUGUGAAGGUCUUAGGUUACAAUCUAGUAGGAUAACGAAGGCUUCAGCCUACAAGUUUUGGCUUCUAUUACAAAUAUUAGAUCUAAAUCCCACUUAGUAAGUAAGAAACAAAUAAACCUAGUCCCUAUAAGUAUGUCCUUAAGUCAUAUAAAUUUUGGCUGCUUGAUAUCUUACUCCUGAUAACAUGUACAAAGCUGGUAAAUUAAAAAAAGAUUUGUUGGAAUACAAAGAAACAUAGGUCUUCAGAAAUCUGAUGAUUUGUUGGAAAGAUAGUGUGCACCAGCAUGCAAUGUUAACUGCUCUGUUUUCUAGAUCCUCUUUCUCACUAAGUAUAUAUCGUCAAUCCAUCUUUGUACAGAUUGUAAAGCAUUUUGUACAUUGUCUUGUUUAUCCUUGCAACACCCUUUCAUUCCCAUUUUACCACUGGAGAACUGAGGCUGAGAUUGCAACUUGCCCAAGGCUCCUUGAGGUCAUGACUGAGGUAGGGGCUAAAUCUCACAGGACUAGGUUGAGAACUAUGAAUUGUGCCUCUCUGACUUUGAUGCCUAUUUUAUGUAACAUUCAGAGAAACAGGAAAACUGAAAACAGUGGGUAAAACCAGGGGUAAAAACCACUGUCUCUCUUUCUCCUUAAUUAAAAACUGCAGUGAGACAUGGGACUGAAAUCCUAAUCAGAUGCCAUCUGAAUUUCCCUCUGCUGUCAAGGCCAGAACUGCUAUCCUUGUUGCUCCCCCGUUCUCUAAAGCUAAGAGAUGGAGCCCCUUGAAGUGACCAUCAUUGAAGGUGUGGGGGAUGAAGUCACUGUUGUGGCUGGCGUCGUGGUCCUUAUCAUGGCCUUGGUCCUGGCCUGGCUUUCCACAUAUGUGGCGGAUGGUGGCAGCCAUCUUCUGGGAACGGUUGUGGCUACUGGAGAUUCAGCAGUGAUCCACUUGAGCCCCAUCGAACGCUACGUGGGGAACUCGGUGUCAGAACAGUCGGAGCCCCAAGGUGCUGCAGAAGGGGCUGAAGAGAAGGCAGAAGAGGGUCCUGCUUCUGAUGCAGGUCCUGCAGUUGAGCAAGGAGACAGCAGCAGUAGCUCAGAUGCUACCUUAGACCGUCUGUUGGACAUUCAGGGCCUGUCCCAAAGGACCUUUUCUAUUGCUGCUGAUUCCCAAGAGAACCAGAGAGUUCCACAAGCUGUGCCUGUCAUGGAGGAGAGUGAACCAAACCCAGGAUUUAUCAAGGUGCGCCUCAAAUUCCUCAAUGACACAGAGGAGGUGGCCAUUGUGAAGCCAGAAGACACCAUUGGCAUCCUCAAGAGGUGAGUGGUGUUGAAUAUGAAUCAAAUAUGCACGUCCAAAGUGUUGUGUCCACAUAUUAACAGUGAGUAACAUGCAACCUGGUUUAUUUGCAGUUAAAGCAAGUAAGUAAAAUGGUUUGUCUCAUAUGUUGUCAACAAUACUAAACAACUGAAAGCCAAAAGAAAUACUUGCACAAGUACAUCAUCUAUACAUGUGUUCAAACCAUUGAUAAGAAAAGGUUUGAUAAACAGGAUGCAACAUCUCAAAAUCUUUAGUCACUGAUCAUUAAAAUGUGCAUAAAAAUACCUUUAGCUCAAGUUACAAGAAAGAAGAUUGCAACUAAACAUCAGGAAUAGUUUUCUGACGUAAGAGCUCUCCGACAGUGGAACGGACUCCCUCGGGAGGUUGUGGAUUCUCCUUCAUGGCGGAGUUUUAAACAGAGAUCAUAUCACCAUCUGUCGUGAAUGCUUUAGUUCAGAUUCCUGCACUGCAGGGGGUUGGACUAGAUGACCGUUAGGGUCCCUUCCAUCUCUACAGUUCUGUGAUUCUACUGUAAUCUGGAUGACACAAUACAAUGAGAAAGAAUAAUGUAGAGGAUCAUGCAGGUAAAUGCUGUCUUGGAUACUUAGGGCUGACAUUUUUUUGUAUACUUUCUUCAGUAUUGUGAAAUAAGUUUUAGUUUUGCACAUAAAGAAGUUCUGUCCAAAGGAGACUAGUGGAGGGUGGUUCUGGCAUACUGAUUAUAAGGAACCAAUGCAUUAUAUGCAGCUGUGAGCAGCGCUAGCAGAUGAACCCUAUUCACUUUGAAUGGCAUGAAGCAUGUUGCACAGCAGUCUGCUGAGCUGAAUCAUUCACCUGACCUUUAAAAAACAGUACUACACAUUUGAAGGUGGGGGUGGGAGAUGAACAAAAAAUGUUUCCAAAGAGUGGGAAAGCUUCAAAGAAAGCUUUGCAGGUGGGUGGGUGGCUGGGUAGGUCAAUGGCAAGAGUUGUGUGUAGUUUAUUAGCCUACAAAGUGGUUGGGAUGGAGGUUUAUUCCUCUUAAAACAUUGAGACCUCCAAGCGCACUCACAGCAGUGCAAGACUUCUGUGCACCGACUACCAGCCCAGCAGCACUUCUUGGAAUACCCCUGGGGUGAUGUGAGCCAUGAGCGCUCCAGGAAGUGCUGCCAGGCGACUAGGAUCCAGCACGCUGAAAUUUCCCCCCGUUUCAUGCACCCCACCAACUUCCACAUCCCCUAUGAGAACUUCUACUUGUGAACACAUUUAUUUAUAGGGUAGUGUCAGGGGUUCAGGAGCAGAGGCACAGGAAAGGGAGGAAAUAGAGAGCGAGGGGGAGGAGUCCGAAGGAAAUGUUAGCGAUGACAGCGGUCCGAGGUCUCUGAGUCUUUCCAGCGAAUCGGAAGAUUCACAGAAAGGGGCUCCCUUGGUCAGAGCAAGGGGGUGCCGAGGGGGACACCCCAGGAAGAAGGGGCCAGAGGGGACUCAGAGAGCAGCAGUUGGAAAUCAGGACCAGCGUCCACACCAGAGUGCAGUAGGGGGGAGGAGUCCCAGGCAUCGGGAUCAGGCGGCGCACUGCCAGUGGGAGGACAUGAGUCAGGAUUGGCCACGCCUCCAUCGGGGAGCGAGGAAACGGUCGAGAGGAAGGUUGAAGGCUGGGCGCGCGCGCCAAGUUCAAAUGUACAGGAGGGCGGCGCAGUUGGCAGCCCGGAUAGGGAGCCAGGUCCCAAAGCCCGCCGAAAAGAGGGGGAGGAGUCAGGAGGGUCAGCGUCAGAAGAAUCCAGGAAGGAAGGGACCCCGGGGGGUAGCAGGACCCAGAGGAGAAAGGAGAGACGUAAGAGGUGGAGUAAGGCUAGAAUCUUAAACUGGUGUACAGGGGGCGGAGACUCAGAUGGAGCUUCGCCGAUCUAACCCCUAGACGUAGAGCUGGGGCGCUCCGGCUUGAAAAUGGAAACUGUACUUCAAUAAAGACUUUUGCACAUUACUGCCGGCUAGCGUUGGUCCUCUGUGAGCUGGGACCUGGAGCCAGCUCUGACAGUAAGCUCCAUCUCAUAAAGUUUUGCACCAAAAACCUCGUAACGUGAGUGGACGCAGCGAGGGAAGAAGAUUGGUGCUUUGCGAGCUCACAAAAGUCAGGCAAGAUGACUACAGAACAGCAACUAGCAGCCCUGCAAAAUGCAGUGACACAACUCAACGCGGAGGUACUCGCAUCCAGGAAAAGGGAAGAGGAAGCGGCUGCCGCCUGCAGGGAUCUCCAAGCCAGGUUGGAAGUGCUUGCUAAGCAGGGGCAACCGGGACCCAAAUCAGAGGGGAUUGGGCUGGGGAAAAGAGGAGGCAGCCUGGUAUCUCAUUUCGAUGGGAAUUUGCAGCAGUACCCUAACUUCCGAGCAGACGUGCUGUUUGCGCUGGAACUGCUGGAUAAAGACUUUAGAGAUGAGCAAGAGAAGGUGGGGUUUAUCUUGUCCCAUUUGCAUGGGGAAGCUAAAGCGUGGCUGCGCAAUCUGUGGAGAGAUAAGGAUCCGGCGCUCCAAAAUGCGGAUGCAUUCAUUAAAGCGAUGGAUUCGUGUUUUUUAUCAAAUAUAGACAUUGAUAUCGCCAGAAAAGACAUACAUGGGCUCAAACAAGGCAGAGCCAGUGUAAGGCAGUACCAUUCCCGCUUUUUUGCAUUAGUCCAUGCGCUGGGAUGGGAGAAGGAUUCUGCCCCAGUCAGAGACCUUUUUUUGGGAAGGCUUGAAUGCAAAUGUGAAAGAUGAGAUUGCAAGGGGGGAGAGACCAAAGAGCACUCAGGAGGUUGUCCGGCGGGCGCUGCAAAUUGGGGUGCGUCUGGAAGAACGUCCAUGGAACAGAGAAGAAGGACGUUGGGGACGUACGCCAGUGAGAGCACCUCCCCUCUUUCCCAAGGAUACAGCGCGUGUGCAAUCCCCACCUCCGCAAGGAGGGGGAGAGCAACCGAUGGAGAUUGGAGGCGCCAGGGCUCAGUCAACAACCAGAGCCUUAACACCGGGAGCAGUCAAAGCGAAGCCUCCUAGAGGGAACAGGAAGUGCUACAUCUGCGACAGUGCUCAGCACAUGGCGAAAGAGUGUCCCCAGAGGCUCCACAAGCACACUGCAGCCUCAGCAACAGUAACAGAAGCAACUCAGCAGAGAGAAACACAGCAGGGAAACGACAGAGUCUGGUUGGAGGAAGAGGCACUGGGGCCCAACCAGACAAGUCAAUGAAGCCGUCCCCAGAGAUUUUGCAGCCCACAGACCCCCUCCCGCCCAAACCAGUGGUGCAGCUCACAGCAUCGCUCCAACUACCCAAUGGACUCACUAUGGAAGUGCCGAUUACCAUUGACUCUGGUAGUAACGCAGACUUCAUAGGACUGGAUUUCCUUCAAGAGCACAACAUAGCACUCCUGCCAGCCACGCUGCCUCUGAAAGUUGUCACGGUGGAUGGCAGGGAAUUGCUGGGGGCAGGUGGUGCAGCAAACGCCUCCGAUGGUGAUGCAAAUUGGGAAUCACCGAGAAGUCAUCAGCUUCAAUGUCACCCAACUGUCGGACACGCCUAUAGUAUUAGGCAUGAGUUGGCUGCACAGGCACAGCCCAGCAUUGGCGUGGUACCAGCGACAACUGACCUUCGGCUCCUCAUACUGUGCGGAACAUUGCAUUCUGCCUAGCCCGGAAGGGGAAGAGGAUGACCCGCAGCUACAAUUAGGCACGCUGCAAGCAGUGCCACUCAAGUACGCAGCGUUUUUGGAGGUUUUCUGCGAGAAGGAAGCGGACAAGCUACCUCCCCACAGGUCUUAUGACUGCAAGAUUGACCUCCUGCCAGGGGCGACGCUGCCAACCGGGAAACUGUAUUCCAUGUCCGAAGACGAGCUGCAGGAACUCAGGGAGUUCAUAGACCUCAACUUGAAGCGCGGUUUCAUCCGGGAGUCGAAGGCAGUGGGGGGCAGUCCUGUAUUCUUUGUGAAGAAGAAGGACACGCCCCAAAAAAGGCUUGUGGUGGACUAUAGAAUUUUGAACUCAAAAACCAAGCCCACAGCCUUUCCCAUGCCCAAGAUAGAUGACCUGCUCGCAACGGUGAGGAAAGGACGCGUUUUCACAAAGUUGGAUCUGCGAGGGGCGUACAACCUGAUUCGCAUACGGGAGGGCGACGAAUGGAAGACUGCCAUGUUCACGCCCCUGGGCACCUAUGAAUACAGAGUUAUGCCCUUUGGAUUACAAAAUGGCUCCCACUGUUUUCAAGCCUUCAUGCAUCACGUAUUGGCGGGUCUCCUCUACAAGAAAUGCGUCUGCUUCCUGGACGACAUCCUGAUAUUUUCAGAAUCAGAGGAGGCCCACGAGGGAGACGUCAAGGAAGUUCUGCAGAGACUGCAGGAGCACAGGCUGUACGCCAAGCUGGAAAAGUGCCAGUUCGACAUGAAGGAAGUAGAUUUCCUGGGCUACAAGUUGUCGGACAAGGGGCUCGCCAUGGACAGCGCCAAGGUUCGCUCAGUGUUGGACUGGAAGAGCCCGCGCAAUCGGAAGGAGGUCCAACGGUUUGUCGGUUUCGCCAACUUUUACCGCAAGUUCAUCAAGGGGUUCGCGAUGCAGACGGCAGCCAUUACCGACACACUCAGCUCCAAGAAGAAGAAGUUCAUCUGGACGGAGCAAGCGGAACAGUCCUUUCAGAAACUCAAGCGUCUCUUCUCGUCCGAAGAGCAGCUACUGCAUGUGAAUCCCAGCAGACCGAUGAGGGUUGAAACGGACGCCUCAGACAGAGCCGUGGGAGCAGUACUGUUGCAGCAAGACCCGCAUGGGGACUGGAGACCGUGUGCCUUCUACUCCAGGAAGCUCAGCAAGUCAGAGCAGAACUACACCAUCUGGGACAGGGAGUUGCUGGCCAUUCAUGCAGCAUUCAAGGCGUGGCGGCACUUCCUCAUUGGAGCCAAACACACAGUGCAGGUCCGCACGGACCAUAAAAACCUGGAGUACUGGCGCACGGCAAGGUUCCUGAACCAGAGGCACAUACGAUGGGCGGAGUUCUUUGCGGAUUUCGACUUCAGGAUAGAGUACAUCCCAGGCGACAACAACAUCAUGGCGGAUGCACUGUCCAGAAAGCCGCAAUACCUCGAGGAGGCGGCACCAGCAGCGGCCAAGCACAUUUUCGCACCGAAAGCGUGGGCGUGCGCUUCAGCAACCGUGGACCUGGAUGCUGUACGUCGAGCACUGCAGGAGGACCCCUUCGCGCAAGCAAAGAUGGCAGAGGUGCAAAGGGGCACGGCGGAGGACGACGAGUUCCAGAUACGCGACGGAUUGCUCAUCCGCAGAGGGGCCCUCUACGUACCGGGAGACGACCUCCGCGCGAAAGUACUGCAGCAGUUGCACGACGCACCCACCGCCGGGCACUUUGGCAAAGAGAAGACGGUAGAAUUAGUAGCCAGAGAUUUUUGGUGGCCCAAGAUGCGGGGGGAAGUCGCGGAUUACGUCUCGAGGUGUGACACCUGCCAAAGGGCCAAGUCAGUGCACAAACCGCCGGCGGGACUGCUCGAACCGCUGCAGACACCGAUCGAACCGUGGGAGAGGGUGGCCCUGGACUUUGUCACGGAUCUACCCAGCUCGAGGGGCAAGACGGCAGUGCUAGUGGUGGUGGACAUUGUUGGAAUUCUGCCUGGGUCAGAGGAAUGUGCCACAGCGUAGGCACCGGCAGAUAUUCCUGUCGACCUCCCCGCGUCUCCACUCUGCUGAUAAGCAGGCGAGGUCCGGCGAUUCUUCUCAGAUGUAUGAGAGGAACACACCGUUCUUCCUCUCUCCCCUUUGGUGUCCCCAGGGAGGGAAAGAAGCAGACAGAAAACUAUUUACAUCAUUUAUUUCUGCCUCUUACAUCAGUACAGAGAAUCAUGUCUGCACUCAACAACAGCAAGAAGAAACUCCUCCCAAGUACAUCCAGUACGGGUCAUAUGACACACACACACUGAGCUAACAUCCGGUGCUCAGUACAGAAUGGACUGCCCCUUUGUUCCCAUGGCAACAGUCACAAACAUCCUGCCUGGCUUUCCAGCCACAAGCAGCUGGCUGAGCUGCUAGAGCCUUUGCUUGCUGCAGCAUUGGUGCUUUAUGGUAACAUACCCCCCUAAAGUAUCAAUGUGUGCUGCGAGCAAAGCGUCAUCCAGAGAAGAAAACAAACAGUUGUUAUAUUUAUAACAUUCCCUGUUGUUUCAGUUCCACCCUUGGAACUACCCGCCACUGGUUUAACCAAUGUACCUCUCUGGUUGUGUGACUUCGCAUUACCUUGGUUAACACCUCUCUGUUGUGCCUUUGUCUCUGACUCAGACACAGCUUCAAGCUGUCCUUGGUCGUUUACAAUAGCAACAUAUGCAAGGUUAGCAAACUCCUUUGAAUACCUCUUGGGUGGUACACCCUUCGUUGCUCUCUCAGACCUACGUAUGAGGUUCUGAUCCUCUGUGCUCACUGGUUCAACCUUUGGACUCUGUUGAGAACCAGUAGCAAUCAGUGGUUCUUCCUUCACCUGUGAAGGUCUAUCCAUUGUGUGAGAUUUUCUCUCAAUGACUGUGACAACUGAGCUGUCUGAGCUAUCGCUGUCAUCAUCAGUACUACUGAACUCAAUAAGAUCAAACUCAUCAUCAUCAUCAUCAGAAUCGUUUCCUGUGGGAAAUGUCUGUACUAUCCGCUCUUGCUUUGGAGCACUCUCUAGGAACUUUGUGAGAAUCACCUGACCAGAUUCAGACAAAAUUACUCUGUAGAGACCUUUUCAUAACCUACGAAAAUGCCUCUGGCAUUCUUUACUCCACCUGGAGCUUCUGUUCUCACAUGAGACCCGAAAACCUUAAAAUAGGCAACAGAAGGUUUUCUAUUGAACAGCUUCUCAAAAGGAGAACAUCCCAACUCUGUUGAGACCUUUCUCAACCACACAUGAAGAUAGGACGCUAGCGAUUCGGCCCAAUAUUCAUGUGGCAAAUGUGAACUCAGCAAUUGCGCAUUCAUCCCCUUUUGCAAUUCUUUGUUCACUCUCACACAGACCCCCCUGUUCCACGCUUCUUGCGAAACUGCCACUUUGUGGUCUAUCCCUUUUCCAUCCAGGAACUUCUGAAACUUCUGCAACAGAAAAAUUUGCUUCUCAUCUGUGAAAAGACAAUCAAUGUUAGCAUCAUGCAUACUUUUAACCUUGUCACAAAACUCCUGAAACUUUUCUAAAGUUUCUUGCGGUUUCUCCAUCAUAUAAACCCAAGAAUAAUUAGUGAAACAAUCCACACACACAAGGUAAAAUCGUGCACCGCCUCUAGAUGGUUCUAGAGGACCAAUCACAUCAGCAUACACCCGCUGAAAUGCUCUGUCGACCUUCUUGGUCUUAGUCACCUUCCUGGUGCUCACACUGGUCACUACCUGCAAGAGAGAUUUCGUUAGAAAUCAGAAGAAUUACAUUUCAUGUAAUCACUUUGAUCAAAAGUCAACAAAUACAGUCCAUCUUUCUCUUUGGCAGUAAGAAACAGUUCUCCAUCUUUGUAGAUCUUGCAGCUUUUAGCAUCAUAGGACAGUUUCAGUCCUUUCUUUGCAAUCUGCGACACGCUCAGCAGAUUAAAUCUCAGUUCUGGAACCAGGUAAACAUCACUUAUAGUCAAGUUCAGACUCUCAAGAUACACAGUCCCAAUUCCAGUCGCUUCCAACUCCUGACCGUUGGCCUGUUUCACAGUGAAGCUUUGCUUCUUCAACGUCGAAAACAGUCCUCUGUGCGGGCACAUGUGAACCGUUGCGCCCGUGUCAAUUAUGAACGAGUUCCCAACAUCUGGCGUGGUUCCUUUCGCCAUCAUAGCCUUUGCAGGUUUCACCUGGCACUUGGUACGGCUUUUGCCUGACGCCUGAGGCUUCGUAGAGCUGCUCUUUGCUCCUCUUGACUGGCGCGGCUUCUUACAGUUCCGCUGUAGAUGCCCAGUCUGUCCACAAUUGUAGCAUCGGACAGCACUCAAUGCUACACCAUGCUCUCCAGUAGCAUCAGCAGUGGGGAAUUAGAACUCUGUUCUUCCCUCCCCUGUCUUUUUCUUCCAGUGCAGCAAGUCUGUCGUGUUCAUUCAGGACCACAGCACAAACUCUCUCCGCGGUCAGCUGCGCGGCCGGUAGGGAACCAAGCUGACUGGCAACAACCUUGUAGGUGCGGCUAAGGCUGUUUAUCAUCAUGAAGCAAAACACUUCCUCCUGAAGACGGAAAUUGCGUUCCACCAUCUGUUGACGCAGAAACUUCAUUUCUGUCAGGUGCGCUUGAACAUCUCCAUCAGGCGCAAGUCUCAGAUUGGUCAAUUUCUCAAAAUACAGCAACGCUGAAGAACCAGCAUCUCUCUGAUGCGUUGUACGCAGCGUGUCCCAUACCUCUUUCGCAUUUUCUAAAUGCUGAACAUGCACCAACUGAUCAUCUGAGACACACAGAAUUAUAGCAGUCCUGGCCCUUACAUUCUGUGACUCCCAACCUCUGGUUGGUGCUGCAGGGAUGGGGUUUUCAAUUACAUCAAAAAGCCUCUGAUUCUGCAGCAGGGCCUUCAUCUUUACAGACCAAGAUGAAUAAUUGUCAUUGGUUAAGGGAGGUGGGCAAGGCAAACCUCCCCCUUUCUUGGCAUCCAUCUUGAAGCCAAGCCUCCAGCUCACAAUGUCAAACAAGCUGCAAAAUCCAACAGCCGUUUUUUUCUUUCUCACGCAGCAAACUGCAAAUUGUUUACGCUCUUUUUGCACCUGGCAGCUAAACUCAGGCGGCUAUUGAAAAGUCCCUUCCAAGAGCUCAUAAACUUGUAGCCAAAACAUUCUCUGAUUUUGUUUCGCUUUCCCAGGCUCACACUCAGAGUCCAGCCCCUUUGCCAGUAACUUUCCAGGACCGUUACCUAGCAACAAUGCAUUUCAAUAAGACAUCUUAUCUACCACAAAAAUUUGUGGAAUGCAGGCUUCAGCCUUCAAGCUGCAGGCCUCUUCUCCCGGAGCUCUUGUUUUCUUUGAAACGCAGCUCCGUGAACCAGGGAAUUAAUCUUCCUGCGUUCACACUUUUAGCCCGAAAUGCAGCAUACCUUGAACUUUGUUGCUCUGGAAAACACCUCUUCUUUCCACCAGCUGUCUGUGGAGCCUCUGGCUUCUUUCAGACGCUUUUCUCUUCCUCCUUGGAGCAGAGGAGGACAAUCCACCAGCCUCUCAUGCAGAGGUCCGAUGGAUCGGAACCAUCGACUGCUACCACUGUUGGAAUUCUGCCUGGGUCAGAGGAAUGUGCCACAGCGUAGGCACCGGCAGAUAUUCCUGUCGUCUCCACUCUGCUGAUAAGCAGGCGAGGUCCGGCGAUUCUUCUCAGAUGUAUGAGAGGAACACACCGUUCUUCCUCUCUCCCCUUUGGUGUCCCCAGGGAGGGGAAAGAAGCAGACAGAAAACUAUUUACAUCAUUUAUUUCUGCCUCUUACAUCAGUACAGAGAAUCAUGUCUGCACUCAACAACAGCAAGAAGAAACUCCUCCCAAGUACAUCCAGUACGGGUCAUAUGACACACACACACUGAGCUAACAUCCGGUGCUCAGUACAGAAUGGACUGCCCCUUUGUUCCCAUGGCAACAGUCACAAACAUCCUGCCUGGCUUUCCAGCCACAAGCAGCUGGCUGAGCUGCUAGAGCCUUUGCUUGCUGCAGCAUUGGUGCUUUAUGGUAACACCAAAAUGGCCCACUUCAUUCCGUGCGCGAAGGUGGCCACGGCGGAACAGACCGCCAAACUGUUCAUAGACCACGUGUUCAGGGUUCACGGUCUGCCACGGUCUAUCCUGUCCGACCGGGGGCGACAGUUCAUCUCGAACUUCUGGCAGAAGCUGAUGGGUUUCCUGAACGUCAAGAUCAACCUAGCGUCGGCGAGACACCCGCAGACGAACGGACAAGCGGAGCGAGUCAACGCCAUCAUGCAGCAGUACCUGCGAUGCUACGCAAAUCAGCAGCCGGCAACAUGGGUGGACUACCUGCCGCUCGCUGAGUUCGCCUACAACAACACGAAGCACGUGUCCACGGGGUGACACCGUUCUUCGCCAACAACGGGAGGCAUCCCAGAACCUUCCCGGGAUUAGCGAGAGAGGGGGAGGGGAGCCACAGGCAGCGGAAGCCUUAGCAUCAGAGUUGCAGGAGGUUCACGAACAGCUUCGGAGGCAGUUAGAACUAGCAAAGCACGCAUACAAACUGCAGGCUGACAAGCACAGAAGGGUUGGGGAAGACAUACAGGUGGGAGACUGGGUUUGGUUAGCAGCCCAGGCAGUGCCGGCCAGAUCGUUAGCGAAGAAGAAGCUAGGGCAUAAGCAGCUAGGACCCUACCAAGUCGAGGCACAGGUCAAUCCAGUGGCCUUCCGGUUGACACUGCCGGAGGGAUCCAGAAUGCACCCAGUUUUCCAUAGAUCAGUGCUCACGCCCUACAAAGCACCUCAUAGAUUUCAGGAGCCAGGAACGGCACCAGACCCGUUCAGGGAAACGCCCACAAGGGGGGGGUCGCCAAGGCGGGAACCCGUCAACGAAGUCACAGAGAUUUUAGACUCGAGAUGGGGGAGGAGGGAGUGGAAUACCUCCUCGCCAAGGAAGGUACCUCGGCUAGCGCCAACAGUUGGGUGCCAGAUUAUGCUCUGGAGGAAUCUUGGCUUAAGGACGAGUUCCAUGCCCUUUUCCCACACAGGCCCAUGCCAGCCGAGUAUUUCGACGACUGGCUUUUCACACCCACAUUUUCAGCUAGCACAUUCCAGGGGUUCACCUCGGACGAGGAACCGGCACUAGAAACACGUUCCCCGGAGGGAUCACCCUCGGGGUCUGCCUCAGACCGUUCCUAUUGGUGGGACAAUCAACCAGAGGAGCAGGGGCGCAGGAAGUGGUGGGGGGGUCCUUGGCAGGCAACGUCCCCGGAGGAGACCGGGGGAGAGACGGACAUGGACGUGUUGGGGGAGGACCUGGGGUUCGAGCACGGCGGCAAAGAGAUGGAAGCAGAGGAAAUUGAGGUCGGCGAGAGCACGGAGGACGAGCCGGACUUAUCCGGCUGGAUGCACGCCACGGGGGACGAACUGUAUCCGGCACUCACCCCCACAACGACGGAGCACCCAGUACCCACACCUGAAGGAGGGGAGGGGGAAGGGGGGCUUCGAGGGGGAUGGAUGUCAGGGGUUCAGGAGCAGAGGCACAGGAAAGGGAGGAAAUAGAGAGCGAGGGGGAGGAGUCCGAAGGAAAUGUUAGCGAUGACAGCGGUCCGAGGUCUCUGAGUCUUUCCAGCGAAUCGGAAGAUUCACAGAAAGGGGCUCCCUUGGUCAGAGCAAGGGGGUGCCGAGGGGGACACCCCAGGAAGAAGGGGCCAGAGGGGACUCAGAGAGCAGCAGUUGGAAAUCAGGACCAGCGUCCACACCAGAGUGCAGUAGGGGAGGAGUCCCAGGCAUCGGGGUCAGGCGGCGCACUGCCAGUGGGAGGACAUGAGUCAGGAUUGGCCACGCCUCCAUCGGGGAGCGAGGAAACGGUCGAGAGGAAGGUUGAAGGCUGGGCGCGCGCGCCAAGUUCAAAUGUACAGGAGGGCGGCGCAGUUGGCAGCCCGGAUAGGGAGCCAGGUCCCAAAGCCCGCCGAAAAGAGGGGGAGGAGUCAGGAGGGUCAGCGUCAGAAGAAUCCAGGAAGGAAGGGACCCCGGGGGGUAGCAGGACCCAGAGGAGAAAGGAGAGACGUAAGAGGUGGAGUAAGGCUAGAAUCUUAAACUGGUGUACAGGGGGCGGAGACUCAGAUGGAGCUUCGCCGAUCUAACCCCUAGACGUAGAGCUGGGGCGCUCCGGCUUGAAAAUGGAAACUGUACUUCAAUAAAGACUUUUGCACAUUACUGCCGGCUAGCGUUGGUCCUCUGUGAGCUGGGACCUGGAGCCAGCUCUGACAGGUAGUGAAGUAUGUUGUUGCUUAUUUUAAAGCGGCCUUACCCCACAACAUCAUGCCCUGCAGGUAUUUUGUACUACAACUCUCCUCAGUCUCUGCCAGAACACCCAUUUAAAAGCAGUCCCAUCAGUAUUCCCUCCCUCCCUCCCUCCCUCUCUCUCUCUCUCUCUUUGACCUAGAUGUUCAUUUCCUUGUUUUUCUCUCCAAAGCAAGUACUUCCCAGGCCGGGAGAAUCAGAUGAAGUUUAUCUACCAGGGCCAGCUUCUCCAGGACCAGGCACGGACUCUUCGCUCUCUCAAUAUCCUGGACAAUUGCGUAAUCCACUGUCAUCUUUCUCAGACUGCUACCUCCACCAUGCCUGACCCAGUGGUUGCACCAUCGGAAGCUGGCGGUAUCACUUUGAGCAUGGGCAACCUGAUGAUUCCCAUUUUUGUGGUGAUGCUGGCGGUCAUCUGGUAUUUCCGUAUCAACUACCGGCAGUUAUUCACAGCCCCGGCCACCAUUUCCUUGGUUGGGGCGACUGUCUUUUUUAGUUUCCUUGUUUUCGGGAUGUAUGGACGAUGAGCAGCCAUGGGGAAGGAGGGAGUGGCCUUAGCUGCCAAAUCUUGAGUGCUCUCUGUUUCAUACUUCCACUCAUUCAUACCCUGUGAGGGACAUAUAAAGCUCUUAUCCAGAAUUCUCCGCUGAUGGAGGUUAGAGCUCCACAAAACCUUUGAGUUGAAAAAUUGUACUUAAUUUCUACAUUUUCUAUCGCUACAGCAUUUGGGUAUCUUUGAAGAGUGAUUCUAGAAGAGGGGAACGAUACAAGUAUAGAAGAGAGCAGGGCCACAGGUGUUUGCUCUGAUCUCCCCCUACUCUCAGGAUAGAAUCCUUUCAGCUGUCAGAAGCAUUGCCUUGCUGUCGUCCGGCUUCUAGGCCUCAAAGAGAGAUAUGGCUGCCACGUUCUCCUCCACAGCUACUAGGACUUGGAACUUGGUGAUGAUUAUCGUAGAGAACCCAUUUGUACUGAAGUACAGUUCCUGUCCCUUAUGCUCUUAAGACUUCUGAGCCCCGCAAUAGAGAAAACGGGCUCUCCACCUAAGCAUUUGCCUGUUUAGUUUGCUGCUGCUACUGCUUUGGAAAGCAUGAAUGGAAUGAUCUUUGGGCUCAUGCUUCUCUCCAUUUCACCGCCACUAAUUACAUGGUAGUUACACAGUGACGCACUGUGAACUAGUGAGACACCUGCCUUCUCCCCUCCCACCUUGCCAAGAUACAUGCACCUUGAACUAUGUUCUGAAGACACCUGCCCACUUCUUACUGUACGGACUCCAUUGAGAUGCUCACACUACCCCUGUGCUGUAGAAAAGAAGAGCCCUCUCCAAAGAGGGCCAUUUGCAUGUGCACACUCUGCAAGGAUUAUGAUCCAGAAUGCCAUUAGUAACCAAGACGCUUGCAUGGUUUGCCUCUUAACUGUCUACAGGAAGAAUAUUGGCAGCACUUGGGGGUUAACCAGGUUGAAUUACAAGUAUUGAAACCACAUGUAUCUCCUUGGAAUUCACCGUCAUUGGCUGAGAGGGCUUCAAAUAGAAGACAGGCAAGCUGAAUUUCCCUUGUCUUCUGUGUCAGAGGUGAUGAUUUGACAUCGAAGACAUAAAAGACCAGGACUGGUAAAUGUAAUCACUACACCCCUCUCAGCUAGGUUGUAGGCGACUUCUCUUUGAGCUUGCUAAAGUAUUUUAAAUCCCACAACUUGUCUCUUAAGUGGAGGGAGUUGGGGGAGCUUAUUAAAUUUCAGGCCUCAUGGUUGCUAACCUAAGUUGGAACUGAAUAACCAACUUCAGAUAUUUCCGAUGGUAAUUAUCAGUGCCAAGUAAUUUCCCACUCCUCAAAAUCAAUCUCUAGUAUUUGUACCACUGAUCUAGCUUUUAAAAUCAAGGCAUUUAUUAAAAGUUGUCAAAUCAUUCUUUUAAGUUAAACCUGCGCUUGACAUCCACUGUGUGAAAUGUAUUAUAAAAAUCCAUGCAGAUUUUAUGUCGUCGUGUUUUCUUCUGUGGAGUUUGUUCAAAUCUGCUUUAAGAUGAAGGAAAAUAAGGAAGGAAAAUAAAAACAGGCACCUGAGUAAC